UAAAUUGACAAUCAUGAUUUCAGGAUAUUAAAAAGAGCAUGGGCAUGUAGGAGCACUAAUUAUAUGAGACAUUACAAGCUGUAAAUGGGAAAAUUGAGUUGCAGCAUGAAGUUAAAUUCUUCAUUACUUUAUACCAUCAUGGCAGAAAAUUCCACAACUAAUUACAAGAAAACUGGGAAUCAAUUCCCUGCUUAAGGAAUGUCAAACACUGAAUAAGACUGAUAUUUCAGUUCCUGUUGAUAAUGCAGACUACAAAAGA